AGCGCGUGGUCUGGAGGUGGUUAACCCAUCCUCCGAAACCCGACUCUCCCCGCCCGCCUGAAAGGACCUUGAGUGCUGGCUUAGAGACCUGGGCCUCGGGCUGGCAACCCCGGCUGCCAGUACCUUCUGGAAUUCAGCUCUGUGGCCUGGUGUAUAAAGCCCUAUCUAUAGCCUCCAAAGUCUGGAAAAAUGCCUUCCUUGAGGCUGGCGCUAACCUGAUACUCCCUGGGCCUCCUUUUGUAAAACAGGGUUUUGUUAGGAGGUGUUGGGGUUAGUGAGGAGGAAGUGACUUUUUUUCACUUGUUUACCUUUGAAUACCUGGAAGUACGGAAUAAAAUGAGAAAACUUAGCAAUGCGAUCCUCUGCGCAUUUUAAAUGUUUUUCUGGGGAGACCUUCCCUAGUUGAGACACAAUAUCUAAUGUAAAAACAAUAUCAGUCGCUCAGGAAGUAAUCUCUCGACUUCGCCAUUAAAAAGCCGCAGAUUGCAAGAGGACCCACCUGUGGGUGUCAGUGGUGCACCAUCUGAAAACAACAUCAUGCAGUGGAAUGCAGUUAUAUUUGGACCAGAAGGGACACCCUUUGAAGAUGGUACUUUUAAACUAGUAAUAGAAUUUUCUGAAGAAUAUCCAAAUAAACCACCAACUGUUAGGUUUUUAUCCAAAAUGUUUCAUCCAAAUGUGUACGCUGAUGGUAGCAUAUGUUUAGAUAUCCUUCAGAAUCGAUGGAGUCCAACAUAUGAUGUAUCUUCUAUUUUAACAUCAAUUCAGUCUCUGCUGGAUGAACCAAAUCCAAACAGUCCAGCCAAUAGCCAGGCAGCACAGCUUUAUCAGGAAAACAAACGAGAAUAUGAGAAAAGAGUUUCAGCCAUUGUUGAACAAAGCUGGAAUGAUUCAUAAUAGACAACUGGUCUGUUAAUCUUUUUCAUCAUUGUUGUGUAUAAUUUACCUCUCAGUAGAAAGGCUAACAAAUUUUAAGUGCCACAGGUUUUAAGGAUUCUGCAGAAAAAAAAAGUCCUUCAGUUUAGAACCUACAAAAGCUUGUGUAUCUUGAUUAAUGUACUUUUUAUUGCAUGGUGUGAACUAAGUUAUUGCUUACAUAAAUUUGUAAUAUAUCCUGUUUGUAUUUUUUUCCAAGUGUAUAAUGUUGGUGUGAAGUUUUCAUGACAGAAUAUACACAUUUUGUAAAUCUGUACUUUUUUCAAAUAUUGAAUGCCUUAUUUUUGAAUUCUUUAGAUUUUUAAAUUGGAGAAAAGCACUUAAAGUUUUUUAUAUAUGAAUAUUACAUGUAAAGCUGUUAAAAUACAUAACUUCAGUGCAAGAGACUUUGUCACUUAUUUCCUUAUCUGUGUAGGAGGGGUUAAUAAGUCUCUAGCUCUCCAUUAGUUGAUUGUUUCAUUUCCAGUAUCAAAAGAACAGAUUUAUAUUUUAUCAAGAAAUUCUUCAAAUUUGAUUCUAAACACCAGUUAUAAUCUGAAACUUCAAUUUGAAUGUACCUAUAUCAGUUUCAGUUGAGCGAUUAUAGACAUAACUGGUUUGAUUCUGUCCAACUCUGUAUUCAGGCCACUUGUUACUGUUUCUUCAUGCACUACUUACUGUUAAACUGUACCUUUUACAAUUUCACACUUUGCACCUUUGUCACGAGGAAUUGGCACCUCUACCUUGAGCAGAGUUGAUGCAACUUAUUUUGCUGUUUGAUAGCACUUUAAAAGACUUUUGUUAUAAUGAAGAAAGUAAAACCAUAAACAUUUACAAAAAUCCAUGCCCCACUAUUAACAAUGAGUAAGAAUUGGUUGCAUUGGUUUGAGCAGAGCAGAUAUUUGCAAGGAGUCGUGGUAUGAUUUAAAUAUUUGAAAACUGCCUUUUAAUGCAAUUGCAUAUCUGUUUAUUCUGGAAAAAUGUUUUAAUACUAGGGCCUACUGAGUUGCUUUCUCUUGUGGAGAUUUUUUUUUUUAUCUCCUAAGUUGUAUAAAACUUGUACUGCAUCUUAGUUUACUGGAUAAAUUUAAAACACAGUAUUGUAGAAAGCUAAUAUAAAGCUAUCCUAUGCCUUCAAAUAGUAUAGAAAAUGGAAAAUAUACAAGUAAAUUCUGUUG